AUGACUUGCUCCUACACAACUCAAGAGAGUGACAAUGGAAAGCAUGAAGAGGAACCCAAAGACCAAAUUGAAGAUCGAAUGAUGAAUCGGUUUUCCAAUAAGAACGAAAAUCUUGGCCAAAAUAGUUUAAUGCCAGACUCAUCUGAACUCGCUUCUGCUCGAAGAGAUGUCGAUGUUGAGCGACAAAUAGUUGAUUUGGAUGGGAAUCUUGCGAUGACUGGGUUACAAGUAUCAUCACUUUCAGUCAUGGAUCAACAAGGGCCAUCGAACCAAAAGGAUCACACGAUCGGCUCUGGAAAUCACAAUGGGAUUGACAUCAAAGACGGAAUUCACCAUCGUUCUUCAUCAUCUCCUAUACCAACAACCUCACCGAUACCACCCACUUCACAAGACCUACCUCAGUUAUCUAAAGCCAGACAAAUCCUUAUAACCGUUACAUUGACUACGAUAACUAUAAUGGCAGCUUCAGGAGCUCAGACUUUGAACAUUGGUUUGCCUACAAUUCAGAAAGACUUAGGAAUGAAAGAUACCGAUCUACAAUGGAUCGCGUCAGGUUACACUUUGACCAAUGGAUGUCUCUUGUUAUUGAGCGGUAGAUUGGCAGAUGUGUACGGGAGGAAACUCUUAUUGUUGAUUGGGAUGAUAUGGUUCUCAUUCUGGAGUUUGAUAGGUGGAUUUAUGCAAAAUGGAAUUGGAAUAGUCGUUUGUAGAGCUUUGACUGGAUGUGGAGCAGCUAUGGCCACACCUAGUGCGACAGGUAUCAUAGCCCAUACAUUUACUGGAAGAGCACAACAAAUUGCGUUUUCAUGCUUUGGAGCAGGAGCCGCCGUUGGAGGAUCACUGGGCUUAGUCAUAGGUGGUGUUUUCGUAAGCUACGUCAAACAUACUUGGCGAUCUGCUCUAUACUUUUUAUCGGGACUAGGUUUCUUAGCUUCGAUAAUGGCAUAUUGUAUUAUACCAUGGGAUAAAUCACAUACAGUAAAUAAAAGUAUUGAUUGGCCAGGAGCAAUGUUAGUCACUUCUGGAUUGAUAUUGUUACAAUAUGUGAUUAGUGCAGGACAAACUGCACCUCAAGGAUGGAAAACAAGUUAUAUAAUUGUAUUUAUUAUUUUAGCCGUUUUAUUACUGGUGGCAUUCUUCUUUUGGGAAAAAAGAGUCAUCGAUAAAGGCUUAAAACCACCUUUGAUGAGGUUACAAUUAUGGACAAGAGCGAAUGGAAGGUUAUCUGCUGUUUAUUUCAUUGGAUUUUCAGCUUGGCUGUCUUUUACCGCAAUCCUUUAUUAUGGUACAUUGUUUUAUCAAGAAGUGCAACUCACAGGACCAAUAGGAGCUAUGCUUCGGUUUUUACCUACAGAAUUAGCAGGAAUAGUUUGUAAUAUUCUUGUGGGAUUAUUGAUCCAUCGAAUUCCAGCUCAAUGGAUUGUUUGUACCGGAUUGUUGGCUUGCGGUCUGGGUAAUAUGUGUUUCGCGAUUUCUGAGAAAGAUACAAAUUAUUGGAAAUUGCCUUUUCAAGGAAUGUGGUUAUCUUCUGCUGGAGCUGAUUUCGUAUUCGCUCCUGGAAUGAUAUUCGUUUCACUACUUGCUUUACCCGAUGAACAGUCAGUAGCCGGAGCGUUAUUUCAGACUUUAUUGAGACUUGGAGGAUCAUUCGGAUUAGCAAUUACGUCAGUGAUAGCUGAUGUUGAACGUAACAAAGCUUAUUCAAGAGGUGAAGAAAGGAUUCAAGGUUACCUAAAAGGAUUACAUGCUGCUUUUUGGUUAUCUGCCGCCAUGUCAUUUACGGGUCUAAUAGUCGGUUUGGUAGCUUUAAGAGGAUUAGGGAUUUUGGGUAAGGCGAAGAAGGAUAAUAAGAAUGAAGAUGGAAAUCAAGUGGAAUUGAAGAACCUAGAUGAUAGAAUGACGAAUAACACAGAUGAUAAAGAGAUCGGUUUGGGUCAAGGGAAUGAGGGAGUUGGGAAGAUCAGGAAUGGAGCUGAAUUGGUUUGA